AUGCUCGCCUCCCCUGCAUCUUCCAGCGCCACCCUUCCAAACAGCGGUGGCUGGUGGGGCAAGUUUGGCGGUAAGGGCGGCGGAAAGAAGGAGACACCGCCGCCUCCGCCUCCGCCCCCGCCUGCACCCAUGACACCAGCCGCCGCACCCAACAUGGCUUUGACACGGCAACGUCUCCUAACACUGGUAUUCGGCGACAUGGAGACCGUCCGCAUGCUUCCUCCAUCAUUUGUUGAACUCGAGCAAUUAGCCCGUGAUUGGACCAAGCCUCCGCCGGGCACACCAUUUACUUUGCGAGUUCCCAUCGAUUAUGUACACAUCCAGACUGCACGUCUCGUUUCUGGCGAUUAUGUAUACCUUACCGGCGAGGAUUCAUUCCAGAUCGCCACUAUGGGUGUCCCGGGUCUUCGGGUAGAGAUUAUUGCAGACGCGCCACCCCCAGCCGAUGAGCCGCCUCCGCCUCCUCCACCUCCCGUUCUCGAUAUGCCCGCGAGCUUCAACUUAGAACUCGAGCCGGGUCAAACCGUCGGCCUAGACGUCAUUGUUUCUUCGGACGAGUUGGAUAUGGCACGCAUGGAAGACGGUACGACGGUGGAUGGUACCUUCUUCGGGAAGUUGCACAUCGUGCAUGACGGCGACACCCACACUAUGGACUUUACUGGCACGCGCGUUGCACCGGAUGCCGUCCCUCCAAAUAUGCUCGUCGAUAGCCGAGCAGUCGCAAAGCUCGCCGAGGCCGGCAAACCUCCCGUUGCCAAGUGCCGCGUCUCGCUUCUUGCGCCGACAAUGCAGUACUGCGAGAUCAUCUUGUCAUGCACCCCGAUGUGGUCACUUGGUAUCACAUGGCCGCCAGCAGAGCAUCUUGAGGACGGGAAGGUCAAAUACUUCCUGCGCGUGCACCCCGGAGGUGGAUUUGAGCACUUCGAGACGGAGAUGGUCUCGACGGCCAUAUACUACGAGGCCAUGCCGGAUGCGACCAUGCUCGACCCUUACGAGUUCGUUGCACCCAGGAACAGCUUUGCCAUGUCCUUCCGCGACUUUGUACCCCAUAUCAUGAACGUUCUUGACCAACUGGGACUAUCCGUCCAUGCACGCACUGAGUUCCUUAACACGCACCUCCACGACUUCUCCCGACACCAAAACAUCGCGUACCGCUUCCUGUCCCCCAUGCGCGUUGCAUCUGCGAUCGACAUGUCCGUCUCGGCCGACCCAUGCAACUUCACGCGACUCUUCCUCAUAUACCGCGGCGUAACGGAAGACGACAUGGCCAACUUUGGCGGCUCAGGCGAGAAGGAAGCCAACGCAUACAACUGGCGCGAGGUCGUGGGAUGGUCCGAAAACUCGAAGGACCCGAACAUGUUCCGCGUGCUCGAGACGGCUGUGCUCGAAGUUGGCGGUUGA